CACAGCAUAGAGAGGCGUGUGUCAGGAGAUCCUAGUAGUAAGGUAAAGUCAUCGAAAAGAGGUUACCCUUGCACUGCAACACACAGAAAAAAAAAAAAAAAAAAAGAAUAAUACGGAACAAAGGCAAAACAAUGUCUGUCGCGGGACUGAAGAAACAAUUCCACAAAGCUACUCAGAAAGUGAGUGAGAAGGUUGGUGGAUCAGAAGGGACCAAACUUGAUGAUGAAUUCAAAGAAAUGGAAAAGAAAGUGGACAUUACAAGCAGAGCUGUAUUGGAAAUUAUGACCAAGACAACAGAAUAUCUUCAGCCCAACCCAGCCUCUAGAGCCAAGCUGAGCAUGACCAAUACCAUGUCCAAGAUCCGGGGUCAGGAGAAAGGUCCUGGAUAUCCUCAGGCCGAGGCCUUGUUGGGAGAAUCCAUGCAGAAAUUCGGAAGAGAACUUGGGGAGGAGUCAAGUUUCGGCCUCGCUCUCAUCGAUGCUGGUGAUGCCAUGAGAGAACUUGCUGAAGUGAAAGACGCUCUGGAUAUGGAAGUAAAGCAAAACUUCAUUGACCCCUUGCAGAUCCUUCACGACAAAGACUUAAAGGAAAUACAGCACCACUUGAAGAAGUUAGAGGGCCGACGUUUAGACUUUGACUACAAGAAGAAGAGGCAAGGCAAGCUUCAAGAUGAGGAGAUUAAGCAAGCCCUGGAAAAGUUUGACGAGUCAAAAGAGAUUGCAGAGCAAAGCAUGUUUAAUUUGAUAGAAAGUGAUCAGAUCGAACAGGUCAGCCAGCUGGCGGCUCUGGUGCAGGCGCAGGUGGAGUACCACAGGCAAGCCACAGAGAUUCUUCAACAGCUGUCCAGCAAGAUAGAGGACAGAAUAAAGGAGGCCUCUGCUAAGCCGAGGAAAGAGUACGUUCCCAAGCCUCGUUUGGUCAUGGAGUUCACAUCAAGUGAGGACCAGAAUGGAGCUAUAACUAACAGUGGAUCUGCCAAGUCACCAGCCCCAAUGGACCAGCCUUGCUGCCGGUCUCUGUAUGACUUUGACCCAGAGAAUGAGGGCGAGCUGGGCUUUAAAGAAGGCGACAUUAUUAUCCUGACUAAUCAGAUUGACGACAACUGGUACGAGGGGAUGCUGCACGGCCAGUCGGGAUUCUUCCCCAUCAACUAUGUGGAUAUCCUGGUCCCACUGCCCCACUAAGCAGUAAAGAUUCUUCCUGAGCACCUACCCUGUUGCAACCAUGCUGCUGCUUUGACCACAUUAUCGAUGCUGACUGCCUGCCUCCAUAAUCGGUUGCUCAAAUCUUAAUCUUAAUCUUAAUCUUCUUCUUUAAACAAAGAAAGGGUCCAGUUGUUUAGCUGCAAUAAACCACCAAGUCAGGUAACAUAUGGCUCAGUAGCCCUUCCAACCAUCUAAUAAAAGGAAUAACACUCCAAUGUGGGUAUUAAUGGUGGGGCUCAAUCUCUGGCUCGAGCAGUGAGAUUAACCACUGCAGUUACAGCAAGUUCUGAAUUUGAAAAGGCACUAUCGGUUGCCAAACAAUAUACCAUCUAAGUUAUUACCUUUUUAAAAUGAGGCUCUGAAACUGCAGUUGUUUACAGCUACCUUCUGACGAUUAGACAUAGGACUGGGCAACCAGAUAGUAUGUGUAAAUCCCCUUUCCCUUUAAUUAAAUUAAAAUAUACAAAGCACACAUGAUCCCUAAUGGCUACUGUAGUUUUCCUAUUGUAUUUAUCUUAAAGGCAAUGGAAAUGCCAGUGUUUGGCCCACUCAGAUGUCAUAUUGUGUGUUUCAUAUUUACAUUUCAGCUCGCACAUAGUCAUUAUUAUUAGAAUAGUUCAUUGUCAAUGAUACAAGUGGGAAAAGGACCAAUAAAAAUGCAGGAUUAUUUGGUUUCCGGGAGGUUGAGGGUUGAUUUAAAAUGUUUUAACUGAAGUGUUUUUUUUUUUGUUUGUUUGUUUUUUUCACUGUUUCUGGGGAAGAGAUUUUGAGGUGUAUCUCAAAAUGACCAAUACAUUGAACCGUCAUUGCUUAACUUCAGAGGGGACCUUACUUCAGUACAAUACCAGGUCUAUUUUUAAUAACAAGGAAGCACAAUUUUGAAAUAUUAUUGGACCAUACAGUGUUGGUGUAACAUUUGGGGAAACUGUAUAUUGUGUACCGACAGAUCAUUCAUGUAUAAACUUUUUUGUUGUUGUAGUUCUUCCCUUUUUUGGACAUUUCCUGUGAGUAUUUUUGCUGUUUUUGUGAUCAGAAACACUUGGUUGAAAGUCUGUGACCUGUAAUUUUGUGAAUGCUUUUAUUUUAUCAUUUGUAUGUUUAUUAUUUUUCAUCCUGGGUGUACAAUGAUGCAACUAGCUUAUCUUAUUUCUGCAAUAGUGGUAAAUG